AUGGCGGAUCAAUGGGGUGAUUUUCUACCAAACAAUCUGCUUUUCAAUUUGAAUGCAAAUGCGCAAGACGCUCAAGAUGAUCAAGGUCUACCUGCAUUCGUCGCAGAUCAACCAGCCUUGAUUAUGCAGGCAUCAGACAACUCGAUUCAACAGCAUGCGGCUCAAAACAAUUUAGCAAAUUUCAAUGGUCAGGAGCAGAAUGUUGAAGCUCCAGAAAUCGGCGCCAAUUUUGACAAUAUGGAAGAAGAUGAUUUUCCGGAAUUUGAUGAGAUGCUUGCAAAUAUGGGUUUCAUGGGCGAUGGCCAAUGUGGCGACGUUUUGAACAACAUCAAUGGCUCAUGCGUUGGGCACGCCAAUCCCGAUCUUCCGUGCUACUGCUGGACUCGUUUAGUUGGGAAUCAGGAUAUCGUUCCAAUGGCUGUCAGCCAAAACCUCGGAAACAUGGUAGCAGUGGAAGCAAUAAACGGAGAGCAAUUCAACAACCGAGUGAAAAUGUGUGACAGCUCAAAUGGAUCGUUGACUCCCAACAAUUUAGCGCCGAUUUUUAAUAAUUUGACACUCAAUGACACCGACAAGUAUUCAUUCUCCACUUCUGGAUUGGAGAAUAUGUCAAAUAUGAUGGAACCAAAUGAAUGGGCCGAUUAUGAGAACGGCAUCAAAAUUGGAAAUGGGAUGCCGAAUCAGCCAACAGUGCGCCAAAACUCAUCAAACAUUGCGAAUGGCAAUCGGAAUGCUAGUUCGAAUCCGAAUGGCCGCGUUGAGUUUUUUAUUGUACGCGAAGGAUCUCAAGCUCUUGAAGAUCUUUCUUGGUGGCCAAGAAGAAGAAAUUCCAAUGAUGUAAGCGAUGCACCAAACUAUUUUAAUCAUAUUUUUGAGAAUCCGAAUAGAGAUGGCCUCGAUGAGGGUCAUGACGAUUACGCGAUUCCAGUAAGAGAAUCCGAACGUCUCGAAGAAAUUCUUCAAACUCUGCUAGAAAGCACGAAUAGAACGGAAAUUAGGGUGAAACUCGAAGAUCAAUUUUUGGAGCCUGGAGAGAUAUCUGAAAAUGAGCGAGGUCAUGAAGCCGGGCAAAAUGUUCAUGAGAACACUCAAUGCUCGAUCUGCUUGGGGGAUGUUAUGACGGAGCCUCAGCGCUGUGGAAUGUGCCGCAUGAUAGUUGGCUGCAAGCCGUAUGAAAUUGAUGGAACCAACUAG